GGCGGGCGGGGCGGCGCGGGGCCGUGUGCACACCGCGUGUGGCGCAGGCAGCGGGACCGGCGGCACCGAGUGAGCGAGCGGGGCCGAGUCGUGCGGGGGCCGCGGCCGUGGGGGGACCGGACCGCAGGUACCGCCGAGGGCCGCGAGGGAGUGGCCGACAGGUGAUCUGCAGCCAUGAGCAGCAACGAGUGCUUCAAGUGUGGCCGUAGCGGCCACUGGGCCCGGGAGUGCCCCUCUGGCAUCGGCCGUGGCCGUGGCAUGAGGAGCCGUGGCAGAGGCUUCCAGUUCAUGUCCUCAUCUCUGCCGGAUAUCUGUUACCGCUGUGGUGAGUCUGGCCAUCUCGCCAAGGACUGUGAUCUCCAGGAGGAUGCCUGCUAUAACUGCGGUAGAAGUGGCCACAUUGCGAAGGACUGCAAGGAGCCCAAGAGGGAGCGGGAGCAGUGCUGCUACAACUGUGGCAAGCCCGGCCACCUGGCCCGCGACUGCGACCACGCGGAUGAGCAGAAGUGCUAUUCCUGUGGGGAGUUUGGGCACAUUCAGAAAGACUGCACCAAAGUGAAAUGCUACAGGUGUGGUGAAACUGGCCAUGUAGCCAUCAACUGCAGCAAGACCAGCGAAGUCAACUGCUACCGCUGCGGCGAGUCAGGGCACCUUGCACGGGAAUGCACAAUUGAAGCUACAGCCUAAUUAUUUUCCUUUGUCGCCCCUCCUUUUUCUGAUUGAUGGUUGUAUUAUUUUUCUCUGAAUCCUCUUCACUGGCCAAAGGUUGGCAGAUAGAGGCUACUCCCAGGCCAGUGAGCUUUACUUGCCGUGUAAAAGGAGGAAAGGGGUGGAAAAAUCAACUUUCUGCAUUUAACUACAAAAAUGUUUAUGUUUAGUUUGGUAGAGGUGUUAUGUAUAAUGCUUUGUUAAAGAACCCCCUUUCCGUGCCACUGGUGAAUAGGGAUUGAUGAGUGGGAAGAGUUGAGUCAGACCAGCAAAAACCCUCUCUGGGUUACAGGGAAGUGAUCCUAUGCAGGAGGAAAGAAAUUCUGGAAGUGUCUAAACUUCCUCAUAACUUUUAUUUUAUUACAAUGGCCUUGGAUUGUCUGACCUCAGUAGCUGUUAACACCAAGUGAUAUCUGCAUCAGGCCCUACCUAGAGCAUAUAGCUGAGUGGGAGUAAACAAACAAGAUGCACAUGCCUGUUAAUGGCCAUGAGAGAGAGAGAGAAAUCUGAAAUCAAUCUUAAAAGUAACAGUAAUUCAGUCAGUGAAUGUUCAUGUUGGAGAUACAGAACGUAAUGGGAAGCUUUUGAAUAAAUAUCUCAAAGUCAAUCUGAAACCCAGACAUCAGUGCUCAUAGCAUAUACAAUUUGGAGUUAUUCAGGAGUUGCAAAUAAAUGCAUUUUCACAGAAAUCAAGAUGUUAUUUUUGUAUACUAUAUCACUUAGACAACUGAGUUUCAUUUGCUUGUAAUCAGUUUUUAAAGUAAGAUGGUAAGAGCAAUUGAAGUCCUAGAACAUAGAAAAUGUAAUUUUAAACUAUCAAUAAAGCUGGAGGAGGAAGGGGAGUUUGGCUAAAGUUCCUUUUGUUUAUUUUUGGUUUUCCUGUACACAGUGCAAAAUAACAUAUUAAAAAGGGGUAUGUGGAGGUUCA